AUGCUAUCAUACAGUCCUUCGAAAACGCUUUCACUUCUCAUACGUGAGCGUGUGCCUGCUGAACAAUCACCGACCGCCCCUACACACCUGUCUGACGCCGGGGGCGGAAAGCCAUUCGUUGCCAUGUCGCUCCUUUCGGCGCAUUUGGAACAGAUCACGGCAUCGUGCCAAGGGAUUGACAGCCUACCAUUUCCUCCUCCGAAAAUCUUCACCAAUGCUCUCCUGUCCAAUCCUGACAUCACCUCCCUGAUCCGCGACACAGAGGCGCACGAGCGCGCGCUCUUUUCCGUACCGCCACCGCCGCCACCGCCGACCGCGCAAGCACCAUCCUCCGCUGAACCGCCCCAGGCCCCAUCGGCCCAGAGCCGGCGGCGCACCGUCUUCAACGUAGCCGGCGGCGAGGUGACUACCGGCCCUCCCACGGCGCGCGCCUCGGCGGUCCAGCCCCGCCGCCACACCGCUGUCGCUGCGGUCCUGGGCGGGGAUCUCCACGCGCAGAUCUCGCGGCGCGGCCCGGGCGAGGUCGACGUCGAGGUGCUGCUGCAGGGCGCGGAGAAGCUCUGCACUGUAUACGCGCUGCCGGGGGCCCGUGAGCGGAUACCGGCCCUGCGGCAGCGGAGGGCGAACCAGGCCAACACGCUGGCGUACUACGAGGCCAAAGUAGCGGAUCAGGCCGGGCGGCUCGAGAGCAUGAACAAGGACUGGAUGGGCGACGGGGAAGACGAGGAGCAGGAGGAAGAGGAGGCUGCGAACGGCCAGAUGACGGAGGAGGACUUGAGGAGAGAGGAGGAAGAGGUGCGCGAGCUGGAGAAGAAGAAGAGAGAGAUGCAGGAGAGGUUACGAGCUAUGGAGAAAGACCUUGGAGGCUUGCUGGGCAUGUGA